UAUUAAAUUAAUUUUGACUCUUCCAAAAACACAUUGGAAGCCCCGUCUGUCACAUGUGUUAAUACGUGUGCGGAUUGCAUUUACUGCUUGAAGGAAAAACGAUACAGCAGAGGGAGGAUUUGUUCGGGUUAUUCAAUAUUUGAUUUAUUAUUUUCAUGUAGCUGCAUUGUCAUCACUGACAGUGAUGUGACAAGACAUUCAACUCAAAAAGCAGGAGCAGUCUCCGUAAAGUAGUAGUAGCACCGCCUAUCUACCCACCUACCUUAACAUAAUACGCCUGCAUGAAUGAGGCCUUCACUUAGCAUGUCCACCGUUGAUAGACAAAAUAAGCUCGGUGCAUUUCAUAGUAGGAGACGCCUUCGGCUUAAAAAAAAAUGUGCAAUUUGAGUGGUAUAUAUUUUAUUGGCUUCUACGAAUGAUUCUGUAUUGCAAGUAAAAUAAGCAAACUAUGGAAGUUUUUGGUUGCGGUAAAUACGUUGGCGUCGUCUUCCUCUUCCUCUUGUGGUCAUGCGCACUUUUUGCUAAUGCUCAAACAGGAUUUUUGAGUAUAGACUGUGGUGGAGGAAAUCGUAUUGAUCCGGAAACCCAUAUUACAUGGGUUAGCGAUGACGACUUCAUACACAACGUGGGUGAGAAAGCAGAUUCAUACUACUCGUACAUGGUUAAGUUUUAUUUCAGACGCCUCCGAGUGUUUCCCAAGCCUAUUAAUAAGGCUUGCUAUGUAUUGCCGCUUGCCCCGAAUGUGCCCCACAUUUUGAGACUAUCGUUUGUCAGUGCUAAUUCCACUGGAUAUCGAGAUUUCAAUUACUCUGUCGAGACCCAAGAUUUGCUCUACAUGGAAACAGUGGUAUUUGACAAUUGCCUGGUAUGCCGCAGUGGGAACACUUUGUUGAGUGCAGAUAGUGUGUUACAUAUUUGCUUGAUCCGAACCUCGGACUGCGCUGACCCAUCUAUUUCUGCUAUCGAGUUAAGACGUCUUAAGCCAGGCAUGUAUGAUACGGCUAAACCGGGAAUUAUGUUGCAUACCGAUAAAAGAUGUGAUAUGGGGGCUGAAGAUGUGACCAGGUAUCCUCAAGACCAAUUCGACCGCAUGUGGGAGCCUUGCAAGUCUUUAGUUACGGGAACAAAGAGCAUCAAUGUUCCCAAAUCUAUUUCAGUAAGCGGCACUAGAAACUUUCCUCCAUCUAAGGUAAUGCAAACGGCCGUCGUCAGCAACACAAGCGGCUCUAACAACAUGUAUUUCUCCCUCGGACAAUCCAGGUCGAAAAAUGCCCUAGCGGUAUUGUAUUUCGCAGAGCUUAACUCGACGGGGAAAAGAUCGUUCUCCGUUGGGAUAAAUAACGUCAUUCUAACUAAAGAAAUUGAUCUGGCCGGAAAUGUCCCUGCCUUGGGGCUACCCUUCCAAUAUGAUGGAACAACAGAAGCAAUAGUAAAUUUACAGUCUAAGAUCCCCGGUGUGAGUCCUAUAAUCAAUGCCUUGGAGAUCCACGCUCUCUUUUACACCCAUCCUCGAACCUCUUCGGAUGACGUUAAAGCUCUUAGAGAGCUAGGAAAAGCGUUUUCCCUGAAUAGCUGGACUUCGGAUCCUUGCUUUGGUUUACCCUGGGAAGGAAUCAUCUGUAGUAAUAUCAAUAACACUGUAAGGAUUUCCCAAAUAAAUUUGUCGGGAAGGAAUCUGCAAGGACCCAUACCUUCAAGUUUAGGACAGCUAACCGAACUCGUUUCAAUGUCACUCAACAACAACGAGUUCAAUGGAAUUUUUCCCAAUUUGACUAGCCUUUCCAAGCUAGAGAAAUUACAUCUUCAAAACAAUGAUUUAUUUGGUAAAAUUCCGGAUUGGUUAUCUAAACUCCCUUGUCUCACAGAGUUAGAUAUAUCCAACAAUAAUUUCAAAGGUGUCAUCCCACAACAACUUCUCAACAAAACAAAAUAUAUAUUCAAAUUUAUUUGGCGCAGUUUCAGUGGCAACAAACACCUUUGCCCGACAAAGCGCAAGUGCCGUAAUCACCCCCGCUCCGUGGUAGCGAUUGCGCUUGGAGUAGCAGGCAUCGUAAUUGUAACCGCCAUUUUAGUGGGAAUCAUCAUUUAUCGAUUCAAAUUGAGAAGUCCAUGUACUCAACCAAGCCCUCUUGAUUAUCUGAUGGUUAAUGUAGCAAAUUCAUCAAAAUGUCGCGCCUUUACUCUCGAGGAAAUGAGGACGGCGACACAAAAUUUUACCCAUAAAAUUGGACACGGGUCGUUUGGAACUGUUUUCUUGGGCGAAUUGCAGGAAGGGAAGCAAAUAGCUGUAAAAGUACUCUCCGUUUUCAACAAACAUGGAAUUGAACAAUUCUCAAAUGAGGUUGAUCUUCUGUCAAGAAUCAAUCAUAAGAAGCUGGUGUCCUUUCUUGGAUACUGUAAUGAAUCCAGAGACCUCAUGCUUGUCUACGAGUAUAUGUCUGGAGGCUCCCUCAGUGAUAACCUUUACGGUGCAGAGCCACCAAAAUACUCCCAGUUAGAUUGGAAAACGAGGCUUCAAAUAGCUUUGGAUGCAGCACAAGGGCUGGAAUAUCUGCACGUAGGUUGUACUCCAAAGAUAAUUCACAGGGAUGUUAAGACCUCCAACAUUCUUCUAGACAGUAAUUUGAAUGGCAAACUGGCUGACUUCGGUCUUUCAAGAGUGACUGGGAAUGAUGAAACUUCUCAGAUAAAUACAACUAUAAAAGGAACUCCUGGAUAUUUGGAUCCAAUGUAUUACAAAACUCACAUGUUGACAGACAAGAGUGAUGUGUACAGUUUUGGAGUCGUUUUGUUUGAGCUUAUAUGUGGCAGGAAACCCAUAGACACAAAAGUUUCUGCCGAGAAAAUAUUAUUGACUGAAUGGGUUACAUCAUAUGCGGGAGUAGAUAAAGAUGACGCCAACAUUCAAGAAAUGGUUGACAAAAGGUUGGGUAAUCGUUACAAUAUGAAAUCCAUCGCUCAUUUGACAAAUCUAGCCUGGAGAUGCAUUGCAAAUGAACCAUCCGGUAGACCAACCAUUAGUGAGGUUGUGGCGGAGAUCAAAGAAUCUGUCAAAUUUGAGGAAGAGUAUUGUCAUGUUCCAGAUCAAGUCUCACUCACGCUCACUAGCAGUUUCUCCAGUUCCCUGUAAGUGGUUUAAAAGGGAUAGUCUGUAAUAGUGUAGAAGUAUCCUGAGUUGACUAUGGUGUUAAAAUUGUAACCGUAUAUUUCUUCGAAUUUGAAGUUACAGGUUUUUAAAAUCUUAGAGGGCGUAGGAACCCGAACUGUAUAUAUGUAACGUAAAUAUAUUGAUUUGUAACCUAAUGGGAUGUUCAUUUAUUUGGAAUUUAUUUGAAAUAUUAAAG